UGUUGUUCCAAGGAGUCUCCGAAUAAUUUAUUCGAUCAAAUCGCUUGUUUUAAUUUUAACACCUGUUUUCCAGGCCUUCAGAAACGGGUUAUUUAGCGAUUACCAAUAAAUGCAGCUGCUGGGGGGUGGGCGCCUCUUGAAUUGGGAUAGGAGACUCGCACAAAGAAUAAAUACAGGCGUAACCGCAGCGGGCGCCUACGAGGCUUGUUCCGGGAUUUAUGCAGUACCGUGCGGUUUUAGCAACCCUAUUUACAUAGGCGCUCCGGCCAGGAUACGGGAGCUGCAUCCCCAGGGAAGCCAUGAGUCUCGGCCUGCUGGUGUUGAACGCGGUCGCGCUGCUGGCGCUCCGGAGGGCGGGAGCGGCUGGUGCUGAAGCCCUCGGUGGCGGCGGCGGCCCCUCCGUCUGCGGCAGCAACAAGCCGUACAGCCUCGGCGGUGUGAGGGCCUCGGCCGCCGAGCUCCCGGAGUCUCUCCCCGGAGAUAAGGUGGUCUCCUAUGACGAGCUGAAGGACAUGCUGGGGAGGCACGCUGUGCAGCUGUUUGAUGUCCGAAACCCUGAUGAGUUUGCUUCAGGGAGGAUUCCUGGAUCCACAAACAUCCCUUUGGGGAAGCUAGAAGAGGCCUUGAAGCUGAGCCCAGAGACCUUCAGACAGCUGUACAAGGUGGACUCCCCCAAGAAGGACGAUGCUGACAUUGUCUUCCACUGCCAGUCGGGGCGCAGGAGUGCCAUAGCCCUGCACACCGCGAUGGGCCUGGGAUACACCCAGGCCAGGCACUAUGCUGGAGGGUACAGCGAGUGGUCUCAGCGCCAGAGGAAAUGAGGGCAGUCACCCCUGGGGAACUGUGUGGCUCACCUGGGGGCGGACGUCCUCUGCAGGAGAGACCACGUGUGUUCCAUCAGACGGCUCAGAACCAGCAUCGCACCCCUGUUCAACAACCGGCCCGCGUGUGUAUUUUGCUGAAUAUCUUGCACCUCCACUGCCAGCUCCUGCUGCACCACAGCUGAUCACCCCGCAGUACGUUUCCUUGCAGCGACAGUCUUUCAGAGGGGUGGGUUUGAAUUUGACCAGGGUCAAAGAGGACUCCAACAGAAUAUGGAAGCUUGAAGUUAACAUUUUAUCCCUUGUACUGAAUGAGUAACCGUUUAAAUUUCCACGGUCUGUUCCAACUAGUGUUAGUGCGGAGGACAUCGAGCAAAGACCUCGUUUACAAGCAAUGGAGGAGAGAACUCCCUACAGGAGAGUUGCUUUCCCCGUUUUUAAAUUUCCCCAAGACACUCCAGUGGGUCUGGAUUUUAAAGUGUGAACUGUAUGAUGCAAUAAAGGUUGGUCAGUGUUAAGUAA